CCAGCUCAGACUUCAGCGUCAGCCCCAUUCUCUGCAGGCUGGUGUGUGGGAAGGCUGUCAGCCAGCAGGACAGCUGCAGAGACAAGUGGGGGACCCCAAUAGCCAAACUUCCCACUUCAGGACACUCCCUUCCCAAACUUGAGAGACUGGGGGGAAGGAGGGCACCUAGACAGGGUGGGCUGAGUGGGGUCCAAGACCUGGAGAGCUGGGAAUCAGGGAGCGAGCUCUCUUGUAGGGCGAGGAUUCCAGGGUCCUUGUUUUAGGGUGAGCUUUCAGCAUCCUUCCUCUGGCUCAGCUCAGGGGAGCCCCUUAGGCAGGCAGGGGACCCCCCACUCUGCUGCUUUUCCCCUUAUUUCUCCCUGUUUACUUUUUCCAGGCUGCUUCCUCCUGCUUCCUUCUUGCCAAGUCCUUAGCCAGAACAAUCAGAGGGGAGAUUGGACUUUGAAGGCAAGAGGUGUAGACAGAGAAGGCAAGGGAGCCGGGAGCCCUGGCAGGUGGGCCGGUGGGGAUGGAGGCCUGGGCCCCUGAGCGGCCUACCUUUGGCUUCUGGGACUAUGGAGUCUUUGGUCUCAUGCUGCUGGUCUCCACGGCCAUCGGGCUCUUCUUCGGGCUGGCCCGGGGUGGGCAGAAGACUGCGGAAGACUUCUUUACAGGUGGACGGCAGAUGGGAGCUGUGCCCGUGGGCCUCUCCCUGGCAGCCAGCUUUAUGUCGGCCAUCCAGGUGCUGGGAGUGCCUGCCGAGGCUUACCGUUAUGGGCUCAAAUUCCUCUGGAUGUGCCUGGGUCAGGUGCUCAACACCCUUCUCACUGCCUACCUCUUCCUCCCUGUCUUCUACCGCCUGGGCCUUACCAGCACAUAUCAGUAUCUGGAGCUGAGGUUUAGCCGCUCGGUCCGUCUGUGCGGCACUGUCCAGUACGUCAUUGGCACGAUGCUAUACACAGGAAUUGUCAUCUACGCUCCUGCCCUGAUUCUCAACCAAGUAACAGGGCUGGAUAUCUGGGCAUCUCUCCUUUCGACCGGUGCCAUCUGCACCUUUUACACCACUGUGGGAGGCAUGAAAGCUGUCAUCUGGACAGAUGUGUUCCAGGUGCUUGUGAUGCUCUCUGGGUUUGUUGCCAUCUUGAUCCACGGCACGCUUCUGGUUGGGGGUGCCCAGCGGGUGCUGGAUAUUGCGCACAAUCACUCCCGCAUCAACGUGGAUGACUUUGACCUGGACCCAAGGAGACGCUACACCUUCUGGACCUUUGUGGUGGGAGGCACCCUGGUGUGGCUGUCCAUGUACGGGGUGAACCAGGCCCAGGUCCAGCGCUACGUGGCCUGCAGGACCGAGCAGGAGGCCAGACUGGCACUGCUGAUCAACCAGACGGGGCUCUUCCUCAUUGUGGGCAGUGCGGUAGCCUGUGGUAUCAUCAUGUUUGCCCUGUACAGAGACUGUGACCCACUCCGGGCUGGGCACAUCUCUGCUCCCGACCAGUACGUGCCCUACCUGGUGCUGGACAUCUUCCAGGAUUACCCCGGUGUUCCUGGACUCUUCCUUGCCUGUGCCUACAGUGGCACCUUAAGCACGGCAUCCACCAGCAUCAAUGCCAUGGCCGCUGUCACUGUGGAGGAUCUGAUCAAACCUCGGUUACCAACCCUCAGCUCUCGAAAACUGACUCUGAUCUCCAAGGGGCUGUCUCUCAUCUAUGGUUCAGCCUGUCUGACAGUGGCCGCCCUGUCCUCUCUGCUUGGAGGUGGGGUCCUUCAGGGCUCUUUCACUGUUAUGGGUGUGAUCAGCGGUCCGCUGCUUGGAGCCUUUGUCCUGGGCAUGUUCAUUCCAGUCUGCAACACUGUGGGUGUCUUCUCAGGCCUGGGCCUAGGCUUCAUACUCUCCUUCUGGGUGGCCGUGGGGGCCACUCUGUACCCACCGAGCCCACAGACCAUGGGUGUGUUGCCCACGUUCACAGAUCACUGUGCACUCUACAAUGCCAGCGAGGGUCUAAAUAUCACCGUGAUCAUGGGAACACUUCCACCAAGGACUAUUUCUGCCCCAGGAGACAGGCCUACUAUUGCUGAUGACUUCUACGCCAUCUCCUACCUGUACUACGGGGCCUUGGGCACUCUGACCACAGUGCUGGGUGGCAUCCUCGUCAGCUACCUGACAGGCCCCACCAAACGUAAUGACCUGGGCCCUGACCUUCUGUGGUGGGACGUCAUGAAACAGAUGUCAUCUGUGGCCCCCAUGGCUAAAUCGAUGCCCCUGGAGGAUGGCUUGUCUAAUUCCAAGGAUUCCAAUGAGCACCCACAUGAGGUCAAGAAGUCCUCCUUCUGGCCCCAGGAUCAGCUGUUACAAAAGGAUGCAGAAGAAAGCAACCUGCUUAGAGAAACUGAUAUUUAAGUUGGCUCACGUGGAGACUGAGAGAGAGAGACUGAGAAACCCAAAGUGAGGGGGCGGGGUCAGAACUUUGGCCUGGCCAGUUCUAGACCCGGAAACCCGCUCUCCAUGUCUCUGAUUGGUCAGAGAUUGUUUUAUGCUUAUGAGCCUGGGGACCUCUGGAUCUUCUAGAAUUAAGAAUGGAGGAGAAAGGACUGGGCACUUUUCAAGUCAAGGACCUUCCCUUGAUCUGAUUAUUCCUGCAUGGGGAAAGCAAGUUCCAUUUCUCCUUGGGGCAGUCAGUGUUUGUGUGUGUGAUAAGGGGGAGGAGGAGAGUGUCUCCCAGUCCCCUGUACGCUCCAUUUAUCAACCCGGAAGAUGGAUGGAUGUUGGAAUGCUCUCCCCUCCUCAGCUUGGAACCCCCGACCCAUCUUCUAGGCUCAACAUCUCCUACAUGAUGCCUUCUCUGCUUCUUCUGUAGGCCCCCUCCCUGCCUCCCCUGCACCUUCUCUCAACCCCAGAAUCAUUUUGUAUUUGAUUAUCUGUGUAGGGGUUGGUUUUCUCCUGAUAGAAAGGAAGCUCUCUGAGGUCAGGGAUUGUUUUGUUUUUUGUCUGUGAAUCUCUGGGGCCUACUGUGUGUGGCUUGUAACAUGUGAUUAAUAAAUGCUUGUCAAAUUGAAUUGAAUUGAAUGGGAUAGGGAGGAAGGAAGGAAUGAAGCAAACGAUGGGUGGAUUAUUGGUCCUAGCUCCAAAAGAAGCUACAUCUUCCAGAUUAUUCAGCCUUGUUGUACUGCCCCAACCCCAGUCCACCCCCUUGCUUAAGGGGACCGGAUAGAGCCCUGGUCCUAGAGUCAAGAAGACCUAAGUUUAAACCCAGUCUCAGACACUAGCUGUUUCUCAGCCUCGGACAAUAGCUGUGUGACCCAGAGUAGUUCGCUUACCCACUCACUGCCUGCAUCAGUUUCUUCAUCUGCAAAACGGGGACAAUAAUAAUAGCACUUACCUUCCAGGGUUGUUAUAAGGAUCAGAUGAGAUAAUAUUUGGCACAGUGCCUGGUACAUAGUAGGCUCCUGUCCCCUCCCUAAUCCCACCUUCCAGGCAUGGCAUACCCAACUCCAGAGGGAGUCCUAAUAAAACAAC